ACUUCUACUCUGCCUGUUGGUAGCACAAGGCGAGUGAGUACUGUACCAACUCCCAUGCCAUUAAACGAAGAGCGAAAGCAUGAACUCAAGGCGUGGCUACUGUGCGUUCAGUGUCCAGAAGACAUUUAGGUGCUAAUUAAUAUGUUUGCGGCAAGGCUACAAAAUGCGGUUUAUCUUAUCAUCGCACGAGUCACCCUGUACGAGCGGGCAAUGUUAACUAUAGGACAAGUCGCACCAAAGGCGAGUUGUGCGCAGUUGCGGCUACUCAGUCGCGUUUCCACGCAACAUCGAUCAAGUCGCGACUUUAACGAGCGCCAGCAAAUAGAAAACAUGAGCCAGAGUCAGCUGAACACGGCCCAGUUGGUCUUCGAGGAGAAGCCGCUGCAUGUGCCCACACUCGAGGAACUGCAGCAGGUUAUACAGGGUGCGCUGUGCAAGAACUUUGUCUGCGCCACGGUUAAGGUGGGCGCCUGCCCCGAUUUGAGGGCCAAAGAGUACGGGUUGGUGGAGUCCGGCUUGGGCGGCAAAGCCACGCUGCUGGAGGUGGGCGGUCCGCCGUAUCUGCUGCCGCUGGUGCAACGGGAGAAGCUAUAUAAUAUCAAGGAGAUAACACGGCGCAUACAGGGUGCUGGCAAAAUAUUUGCCAUUGGCGCCGGCGCCGGACCCUAUCCCAUACGCAGCUCCAACUGCGAGGGCAUCUACAAUCUGUCGGUCAGCGCCGACGAUGAGCUGACCAACGGCAGCUACACGGCCACGGUGCGCGGCGAGCAGGAGGAAUGCGUGCUGGAGCGCAUACCCAGCACGGAGCCGCGCUGCGCCCUGCUGCUGAAUCUUUAUCUGAGCCGUGGUGAGCCGGGCUCCGUGCUGAAGAUCAGCGCCAAGCAGCGCAAGGGCGAGCUCAACUUCAUUGAGUGCAUACGCAAGGGUCUGGAGGAUCAUUAUGGAGACCAGGUCGUCGGCUUGGGCGGCAUAUUUGUGAUUAAGAAAGGCGCCGUCCACCAGCACGUGAUGCGUGACUUCAGCACGACGCCCAUUCACACCGACGAGGAGGUCAACCAGUGGCUCAAGUUCUACGAUAUGCCCGCCCAGCUAAACGCCUUGGGCACUCUGGUCACCAAGGAGCACGAUCUCGAUCUACGCCUGCAGCACUUCCACUCCUUCUCCUUCAGCAACUGGGGCGGUCACUAUCACUACGACACCACGCCCGACAUCGUUGAGUACGAGGCGUACCUCAAUGUCGCCGAGCGUGUGGUCCGCGUCGACAAGCCACUGGACACUCACAAAGUGGGCAGGGACUAGCCCAGAUGCCCCUAAGCUCAAGUCAUUGCUACUACGAUAAAUAAAAGACGUGAAAAACUUU